UACACUUCCUUUCUCUGGGUGUCAGACGGUAUGAGAAAAACACAACUCUCGGUCAAACUCGAGAUACUUCCUUUUCAAUGAGCACCAAAGAGUUAAUCUUAAAGAGUUUUGGGCCGGAAAUCUGGUGGGUGUAAGCGUAGUUAAGAAACGGGACAGUGGGGAGCACACUUUGAGAAGUAGGGAGCUUUUUUGUAAAGAAUCUAAUGAGCCGCGCAAAAGUUUAGACAUUAAGUGGGAUCGUAACAGGAAUAAGGAGACUUGAAAAUUGUAAUGAUGACGGAGAAAGAGUUGGUGAUUGAAGACAUCAUUACAGAUGCAAUGGCCACUCCAUCUCCAGCCAAGAGUAUGGGCGACCCAGGCAUCACGCCACUUUCCCCCACACACAUACUGAAGGACUCUGAAGAAAAUGAGCCUACGAGACACCCCUAUGUGGUGGUGGUGGCCAUCGACUUUGGCACCACCUCCAGUGGCUAUGCAUAUGCCUUCACUAAAGAGCCAGAGUGCAUUCACACUAUGAGGCGCUGGGAGGGUGGGGACCCAGGUGUGUCCAAUCAGAAGACGCCCACCACCAUUCUUCUGACCCCAGACAGGAAGUUUCACAGUUUUGGUUAUGCAGCCCGAGAUUUUUACCAUGACCUGGAUCCCACUGAGUCUAAGCAAUGGCUCUACCUGGAGAAGUUUAAAAUGAAACUACACACCACUGCAAAUCUGUCCAUCGAUACAGAUUUACAUGCAGCCAAUGGGAAAAAGGUGAAAGCUCUGGGUAUUUUUGCUUAUGCUCUGGCCUUUUUUAAGGAGCAGGCUCUUAAGGAGCUGAGCGACCAAGCAGGGUCAGAUUUUGAUAAUGCUGACGUCAGAUGGGUCAUCACAGUACCGGCCAUCUGGAAAAUGCCGGCCAAGCAGUUUAUGAGAGAGGCAUCGUAUAAGGCUGGUUUGGUUUCUCGUGAAAACCCUGAUCAGCUGAUCAUUGCUCUGGAACCAGAGGCUGCGUCCAUUUACUGCAGAAAGCUCCGUCUCCACCAAAUGGUUGAUUUGGGCAACAAAACGGCCUUGAACGGUUACAGCCCAACUGAGAAUGUUGGGAUGGGAAUGACCCAGGCCAAGGAGCAUGUGCGCCGUAACCGACAGAGCCGUACCUUUCUGGUGGAGAAUGUCAUAGGAGAGCUCUGGUCUGAACUCACUGAAGGUGACCGUUAUGUGGUUGUUGAUUGUGGAGGAGGGACGGUGGAUCUUACUGUGCAUCAGAUCCGCAUGCCGGAAGGGCACUUGAAGGAGCUUUACAAAGCCUCAGGAGGCCCAUACGGCUCUAUCGGUAUAGAUUAUGAAUUUGAGAAGCUCCUGUGUAAGAUAUUCGGACAGGAUUUCAUUGACCAGUUUAAGAUCAAGCGUCCUGCUGCCUGGGUGGAUCUGAUGAUUGCGUUUGAGUCUCGUAAGAGGGCGGCGACUCCUGACCGAAGCAACCCAUUGAAUAUUAACCUGCCCUUCUCUUUCAUCGACUACUACAAGAAAUUCAGAGGACACAGCGUAGAGCAUGCGCUGAGGAAGAGCAAUGUGGACUUUGUGAAGUGGUCUUCGCAGGGCAUGCUGAGGAUGAAUCCAGAUGCAAUGAAUGCACUGUUCAAACCAACUAUAGACCACAUUAUACAGCACCUGACUGAGUUAUUCGAUAGGCCAGAGGUGACAGACAUUAAGUUUCUUUUCCUGGUGGGAGGAUUCGCAGAGUCUGCUCUGCUGCAACAGGCGGUUCAUAAGAUGCUUCAGGGACGCAGCCGAAUUAUUAUUCCGCAUGACGUGGGCUUGACUAUCCUCAAGGGGGCGGUGUUGUUCGGCCUGGAUCCCAGCAUCAUAAAGGUCCGCCGCUCUCCACUCACCUACGGCGUGGGCGUCCUGAACCGUUUCGUAGAGGGGAAGCACCCGCCGGAGAAGAUGCUUGUGAAGGGCAGUACGCGCUGGUGCACCGAUGUCUUCGAUACGUUCAUCUCUGUCGAUCAGUCAGUGGCGCUGGGUGAAACGGUAAAACGCAGCUACACGCCGGCGAAGCCGUCACAGCAAGUGAUCGUCAUUCACGUAUACUGCUCAGAAAAAGAGUCGGUCAGUUUCAUCACGGACCCAGGCGUGAGGAAGUGUGGUACACUGAAGCUGGAUGUGAGCGGUACUGAGAGUCCGGCGGCACGAAGAGAGAUCCAGACGCUCAUGCAGUUCGGAGACACUGAGAUAAGAGCCAUGGCUGUCGACGUGGCAACCUCUCGCAGUGUCAAAGCGAGCAUCGAUUUCCUUAGUCAAUAGAAGAAGAUGAGGGAUGAGUAAACCCCACACUGCAGAAGCUCAGCAUUUUAGUUUUCCAGUAAAAAUAUCCAAACAUCCUUAAAACAUGUUAUGUUUGUUACUUUUAAAAUUGCCAAAGUGACUAUAGAGACAUUUGUUAUAAAGGAUUUCUAUUUCAAUCAAAUGUAAACAUACGUUCAUCAUAGAAUCCAGAAAAAAAAACAUAUGUAUCACGCAUUCCACAAAAAUAUUACAGCACAACUCUUUUCAAAAAUAAGAAAAGUAUCUUAAGCGCCAAAGUAGCAUAUUCAAAUGAUUUCUGGAGAAUCAUGUGACAGAAGGCUGGAGUAAUGUUAAUAAUUACAUCUUUUUGCAAAUUCUUUUAUUUUCUUGUUACAAACAUAAACCACUAAAUCGUUGAUUUAUGCUUACAACAAUAAAGAAAAAACUAUAGGGUAAGAAAAACUUAAUUCAAGAUGUAUAUUUAAAAUAGUAUUAUAUCUUGUGCAGUUUUGCCUCUCGAGUAAUUAUUUUUGGUUUAAAGUAUGUUUAGAUAUUUUGACUGGAAAACAAGACAAAAUGCUGAGUAAAAUGUUGACAGUGUAGAAGGAUAGAUGAAAGAAAGAGAAAAUUAAAAAUAGAGAAUGAACGAGAGAUGAAGAUUUGGAGUCUCAAUUAAUACCAUGUUUGCUGACCUUCCAUGUGGCAUUUGCUUGAAUAGUUGUGCCAUUCAUGUUAUUUUAUUUGGUUAUUUCAUUUCUUAUCCACAACUGAACUCAAGAUGAAACUUCUCAUAUUUGGACAAAGCUGAGUUCAUUUUGUCUCAUCGACACUCAUGUAGGCUCAGUCCCUUAUUCUCUGUAUGCUUCUAUUAUAGUCUAUUUGUAGUCUUAGUGGCUAUUUUCUGCACAGAGAUGCAAACUCUGCAUGGAUAGAGCCAAAAUACAGCUGCGUAUUGCUAGUAGUGCAAUUUGGGAUAGCACUCUAUAAUAACUUAGCAAGACAAGUUCAGGUUAAGGCAGCUACGUUAGUCUUAUAUACACACCAUGGCAGAAAUAUAACAUUGUUCUCUUACAAAACAUACUGCUUUGCUCCUAAACUCUGGUCUAUUACCUCCAGGGCCCAGUCUAGAACCAGUUCAUUCAUUUAGGUUAUGAUGAGGAGGUAAAGCAGAUGGUUUUGGCUACAGGACUAGUGACCAAUUUGUUAGUCUGAAACAGAAACUUGGUAUGUUCUUCAUCGCAAACAUUUAGGACUAACUUUGAGAAUGGUACCGAAACCUGAGCUGCACAUCACAAAGGUGCUGAUUCCUGUGACAAAAUUACCGUCAGUUUGUCACACUAGUGCUACAGGACUACGUGGCAAAACACUUUUUUUUUUUAUUGUUCUUAUGUCUCAUGUUGACUUUUUUUUCUGCUUUUUUGUUUUUUUUUUGUAUGUCAAGGCAUUUUAGGAGUUCUGGACAGUGACUCUGUUUGUCUCGAAAUUCAGCAUAUCUUCAUGUUGUUGGUCAGUAUGUUGCUCUAAGCAGAAUGAGAACGCAUAAAUCCUAGAAUGUGAAUCUUAAUCAUCGUUUGAAGUGGCAGUGACAGAGAAGCUGCUAGCUGUACCUGCAACAUGAUUUGAAACGAUAGUCAUUGCUAUGUGCUAGUUGCCUUUAAUCCUGCUCCUCAGAAAGAGAAGCCACAGAUUUAUUUUUUUCUGUUUUUAUUUUCUAUUUUUAUUUAGGAGAUUAUUUUGGAGAAUAUGUGACAAAUGAAAUGUUUAUUUCUGUAUAUACAGUAUUUAAAGAUAUUGUACAGGUUUUUAGUGUUGUUUUCGCAUUAGUGGCUUUAUGAGCAGUGUGUGUAUGCAGGCCUUAAGAGCACACAUUCU